AUGAACUUAUUCAACAUCAGUAGUUCUGGGUCAUUCCUUCUGACCGGCUUCCCUGGACUAGAGGACUCACAUCCAGUGAUUUCCAUUUUGUUCUGCACCCUCUACAUAAUUGCCCUUAUGGGAAACAACACCAUCAUAAUGGUUAUUCGAGUGGAACCAUCACUUCAUACACCCAUGUACCUUUUUCUCUCCAUGCUGGCUGCUAGUGACCUGGGACUCUGUGCUGUCACCCUGCCCACCCUGCUUCAGCUUUUUUGGUUCAAUGUUCGUGAAAUAGGUUUUGGUACCUGCCUCACUCAAAUGUUCUUCAUAUAUGUUUUCUCCCUAAUGGAAUCAGGCAUCUUGCUCACCAUGGCAUUUGACCGUUAUGUGGCUAUCUCCAACCCACUCAGGUAUACUACUAUUUUGACUAAUUCCACCAUUGCAAAGAUAGUUGUGGGGCUUUUACUUAGAGCUGUGAUUGUCAUCCCAGGACCAUUACUCAUUAAGCGACUAAGGUUUUGUGAAGCCAACGUGCUCCCCCAUUCCUACUGCCUACACCCAGACAUCAUCAAGCUCUCCUGCUCUGACCACCGCAUUAAUAGCAUUUAUGGCUUUUUCAUCACUCUCAUCACCUUUGGAAUGGACUCUGUACAUUUGCUGUCUUAUUUGAAGAUCCUGAUCACUGUAUUAGGCAUCACCUCCAGGGUAGAACAAAGCAAGGCACUCAAUACUUGUGUCUCCCACAUCUGUGCUGUGCUGCUGGUCUAUGUCCCUAUGCUAGGGGUGUCUAUUAUCCAUCACUUUGGGAAACAUCUUCCACCUGUGGUACACACUGUUAUGGGCUAUGUAUACCUAUUGGUUCCCCCUGUCCUUAACCCUGUUGUAUACUGCAUUAAAACCCAGGAAAUAUGUGCCCGUAUUUUGGGAAAUCUAAUGAAAUGA